AUGUUCGUUUUGUUGAGCAUAGCAGUCUCAUGGUGUUCUGCAGCUUUCGACCCAACUUCGAAAAACAAUGUUGUUGUCUACUACGGGCAAGGUCCAAAUCAGGGCGACCUAAUAAACCAAUGCCAGCAGCCCGAGAUUGAUGUAAUUGUCCUCUCGUUCGUGCAUCUUUUCCCAGCCCAGGCAAACGGAUACCCUGGAACAAACUUUGGUAAUCGAUGCGGCGGCCAAGUUUACCCAGGUCCUGGCUUCAACGGUGUCAUCGACCCUUCCAAAGAUCAGUUGCAGUCAAAUUGCCCUAGUCUCAACGCUCAGAUUCCAGUAUGCCAGCAGCAGUAUGGCAAGAAGAUAUUGCUGUCACUCGGAGGUGGCGUGGUAUCAUACCAGCUCACAGGCAGAAACGAGGGUGAACUCCUGGCAACUUACUUGUGGUACAUGUUCGGACCGAAAGAUCCCAACUGGACAGGGCCUCGUCCAUUCGAUUACAACGGGCAAGCGAUUGAGGUUGACGGAUUCGAUAUGGAUAUAGAGCAUCCAUCCACAGACAAUUCGGAAGGCUAUAUUGCCCUAGUGACCCUUCUGCGUACAUUCUAUGCCACAGCUUCGAAGCAAUACUACCUGACUGGCGCUCCUCAAUGCGUCGUUCCAGAUGCCAACAUGGCUGCGAUGAUCUCCGCCGCCAAGUUCGACAUGAUCUUUGUCCAAUUUUACAACACCCCUAGUUGCUCAGCUGCGACUUGGGCAGCUAGCAACCCAUCCUACACCCCUGGUUCAACAUAUCAGCAAGCCGGGUUCACGUUCGAUGCCUGGGUUCAGUGGCUAUCGAACACCCCAAGCAGAGACGCAAAGGUGUUCAUCACCCUACCUGGUUCUUCAGAUGCCGCCAAUGCUGGGAACUAUAUCACCCAUCAGCAGGCAAAUAAUCUCAUCAGCGCGUACUACUGCCGGCCAUCUUUCGGAGGCGUGGCUGUUUGGGAGGCAACUCGCGGUGACGGCAACCCCUAUAACGGCAAAUCUUUCCAGGCCACCAUGAAAAUUUGGCUGCAGGGAGCUGCAGCAGACACGCGACUCGCGAGCUGCCAAGCACCAUCAACAACGACAGCAUCUUCUAGCCAACCGACGACAUCGACAACACCGACACAGCCCAAUCCCGGCGAGCCUGGUUCUUGCGGUCCCGGUGUUGGAUCUUGCGGUAGCGGAUACUGCUGCAGUGCAUAUGGAUAUUGCGGGACGACAAGUGCUUACUGCGGAACGGGUUGCCAGCCGGGCUUUGGCACAUGCAGCGCGGGAAGCAGCUCCGGAGGCAGCUCCGGAGGCAGUUCAGGAGGCAAUUCAGGAGGCAGCUCUGGUGGCAGCUCCGGUGGUAGUUCCGGCGGUAGCUCAGGCAGCGGUGGGAGCUCAGGGCUGCCGGUCGCAAGAGACGAUGCUGCCGACAUGCAUACUCGAAACACAGAUGACAGAUCCGGGCUCCUCGCCAUACGGCAGUUGACAGACGCCGGAGUUUUCCCCGAAUGUUACCUCAUUCGCGUCUUACGACCAAACCUCUCGGCUCUCGGUGCGCCAUUCGAUAAUGGUGGGGACACUUGGGAAACCUUCUGUGUUGUCGUUCUGUCCGUCCCAUCUCGCCAGACCACUAGAAACCUCACAGGCGGCUAG